AUGGCCUAUGGAGUAUCCGCUGAUAUGAUUGAUAAAAAUCUAAGGAUAGCUGAAAGUACCGCAAAUGAGGCGAUGAAAAAGUUUGUUGAAGCAGUGAUCAUCGUUUUCGGCGAACGCUACCUGAGGCAACCUAAUUCUACUGAUAUUGCCAGGUUGCUUCAGCUACAUGAGGAUCGUGGAUUCCCUGGAAUGCUUGGUAGCUUAGAUUGUCAUUACUCUGGCCAUCAUAAAGAAGCAACUUUAAUCUUGGAGGCUGUAGCAUCUCGCGAUCUAUGGAUAUGGCAUUCAUUCUUUGGACUUCCAGGAUCGCUCAAUGACAUAAACGUUCUUGAGUGUUCCCCUUUGUUCACAGACAUCAUCAAUGGUCGUGCUCCACCAGUGAACUUUGUUAUAAACAAUCAUCAUUAUGAUAUGCGUUAUUAUCUUGGAGAUGGUAUCUAUCCACAGUGGUCAACAAUUGUGAAAACAAUUCCGAUGCCUCAAACCAUGAAAGCUAAAAAUUUUGCUCAAGCUCAAGAAAGUGCCAGGAAGGAUGUUGAACAUACAUUUGGUGUUCUCCAAGCACGUUUCCACAUCAUUCGUCAAGGGUGUCGGUAUUUCAAAAUAGCGACGUUGAAGAAUAUCAUGAAAGUAUGUGUGAUAUUACAUAACAUGAUCGUGGAAGAUGAGCGUGACAUGUUCAAGUCAAUUGAGAAUGGUAAGUAUUACCUGCUUGAAGAAGUAGAUAUCAGCGAGCUUGAUCGUAACGAUGCUGAAUAUCAUUAUGAUUUUGAUCAAUUCAUCAAAGGGCGUCAGAAGCAAAAAAGAGCAUUCAUCGUCGUCUUCAAGAGGAUCUAG